UCUAGAUACCAAAAGAAAGAAAUCCAGGGCCCCAUUAGCAUUUUUCCCCCUUAGGAGAACAAUACAGGCUCACUGUAAGCUUGCCCAAACAUGGGCUGCCUUUUAUUAUACAUUGGUACAGUGCCUAGUGCAACACGGUCCUCUUCUGCCGGGGGGGCACAUGCUGAGCAGGAGUAGAAGCUCGGUGGCACACCACUAAUCAUCGCCGGGCUCGUAACAAAUACCACCUGCCGACAAGCUGGGUUUGCACAAAGGGGGAAAGGUGGAAUGCUUUGAACCAGCCCAGCUCCUCUGCCUGUUUGAAGUAGCAGAUGCUCGUCUUCAGCUGACUUCAGUCACUUGUUUGGCUCUUGAAAGUCAUUCAGAGACCCCGGAACUUUAUGGUUUUGAAGUAUUGGUGUCUGUACCUAACAAAGAAGGAAUCCGACAGCGUUGUGACUGAGCUGAGCAGCAGUGUGACAUCUAACUGCUGGUUAAAGAUGACACGGCAGCUUAACCUUACACGUGUGCUGGUUGAAGUACUUGUGAAAAUCACUCACCUGCAGCAAACAUGAGGUUGCAGUACAUCACUGCGCCCACCGUCACCAUCGUUCUCUUCCUGCUGUGGACCCAGUCCUCAACAGGCUGCAAUAAGGCUCUCUGUGCUAGCGAUGUCAGUAAAUGCCUGAUACAGGAGCUAUGUCAGUGUCGCCCUGGGGAAGGGAAUUGUUCCUGCUGCAAGGAGUGCAUGCUCUGCCUGGGCACCCUGUGGGAUGAGUGCUGUGACUGUGUUGGUAUGUGCAAUCCUCGCAAUUACAGUGACACACCUCCAACAUCCAAGAGCACUGUUGAGGAGUUGCAUGAACCAAUUCCUUCCCUUUUCCGAGCACUGACGGAAGGGGAUACUCAGCUGAACUGGAAUAUUGUUUCCUUCCCCGUGGCAGAAGAGCUGUCACACCACGAGAACCUCGUUUCCUUUUUAGAAACAGUGAACCAGCCACAGCAUCAGAACGUCUCUGUUGCAAGCAACAAUGUCCACGCACCUUACUCUAGUGACAAAGAACACAUGUGUACUGUGGUGUAUUUUGAUGACUGCAUGUCAAUACAUCAGUGCAAGAUCUCUUGCGAGUCCAUGGGAGCUUCCAAAUACCGAUGGUUUCACAACGCCUGCUGUGAGUGUAUUGGGCCAGAAUGCAUCGACUAUGGCAGUAAAACUGUAAAAUGUAUGAACUGCAUGUUUUGAAGCAGGAAAAUUGUAAUAUAGAAAUAUUGAGGCCAAAGUAAUCUCUCUCGGUUAAAGAGAUGGGGAUUGCAAAUACUGUGUUUUGGUGGAGUGCCUACUGGUUGCAAUUAAAUGCACCUGGUUGAAAAAAGAUGUAUAAAAUCUGAAAACUUUUU